AUGUCAUUAAUUCAGCAAAAUCAGUUUGGAGGUUCACCAGUAGAAGGUCCAUACCUCCAUCUCUCUGUUUUCCUUGAAUACUACGACACUAUUAAGCUUAAUGGAGUCCCGCAAAAUGCAAUUAGACUCAGACUUUUUCCUUUCUCAUUACGGGACAAGGCUCGAGCUUUGUUGCAUUCACUGCCUGAAGGUUUUAUCAAAACAUGGGAUCAAUUGCUCCAAGUUUUCCUCUCUAAGUAUUUCCCGCCAAGCAAAACAACCCAGUUACAGAACCAAAUCACUGGUUUCUAUCAAAAGGAUGGUGAAUCACUGUAUGAGGCCUGGGAUAGGUUCAAGGAGCUUAUGAGACUAUGCCCACACCAUGGCUUGGAGAAAUGGCUGGUCGUUCAAACAUUCUACAGUGGAUUAAACUAUAAUUCUCGCAUUUCAGUUGAUGCUGCAUCAGGAGGAGCUUUGAUGAACAAAAAGGUGGAUGACGCUUAUAGUUUAAUUGAAGACAUGUCUCUCAACCACUGCCAAUGGGCAAGUGAAAGAAAUACCACUCCAAAACCUACAGGAAGACAUGAGGUGGAGACCUUAAACCUAAUUGCAGCCAAGGUGGAUGCUCUAACUCAAAAAUUUGACAAAUUGAAUGAGAAUGCUCCAAAACCAUCAUUGGAGCAAAUGAACUAUCUUAACAACUUUAGUCAAAGACCUAUCAAUGAUCCAUUCUCCAACACCUACAACCCUGGUUGGCGAAAUCAUCCUAACCUUUUCUACAAGAGCAAUCAACCUCAUUUUGAGCAAAAUCUCAGCUCUAAUGUUCCUAGACAGCCACCAGGAUUUCAGCAGAGAAUUUCCAAUCCACAACCAGUGCAGAAAUCAAAUUUAGAGGCCUUGCUAGAGAGUUGUUGCAAUACAAGCCAAGCAGAAUGA